CUUCACGUCGACUUUAUGGCGUUCAUUUUUUGUAAUCUUAUCAUUUUCAUGUUAUAUUUUCUAAAAUUUAAUGAAAAAUGUAGACAAUUAUAAGUUUAAAUAACAUUCUUCUUUGUUUAUAUUUAUUUUGCCACUGAAAUAAACUACAAAUUACGUUCAAUUCGCUCAUAAUUUCUGUGUAAAACGUUUUAUUUUUUUCUUAAAUCUUGAAAGUUCAUACAGGGACUAACGAGAAGCAAGUCGAGUGCAUUUCCUCUCGGAUACAAUAACACAGUGUUAGAAAAAUAAUUGAUGUGAUCAAUGUGAAAUAGAUUUUUGUUUUUAUAAAAUUAUAUAAAAACUAAUAAAACAUAUUAUACAAAUGAGUUAAAACGAUAUAUAAAUAACAAUCAACUUAUAAAGCUGUUGCAUAAAAAGAAAACAAAAAAAAAAAAGAUCAAAAUGGAGAACCUCAAGGUUCGAGAGGAUCUUUUCUCCAGCGUUAAAUACUAUAUAAGCGGCAAUUUGGAUGAUAAGGUUGAAUCUCUGUUAAAAAAUGGUGGUGCGCAAUCCCGAUCGUACCUCAAUGAAAUUGUUACACAUCUUGUGUGUGGGAGCAAUUUCACUGAAGAGGAACUUGUUAUGGGAAUUGACCUUUACAGUGUUACUCCUGUAACAGAAAAUUGGAUAAUUCAUAGUGCAAAACUUGGUCGUUUAGCAUCAACAAAAGCAUUUGAUCCAAAUAAACCACGAAUAUUUGCCGGUGUUCGAAUCACUUUUUCACAAGUCAGUCCUUCUGAUUGCCGAAAACUAUAUGCUAUGCUUACAUUUCAUGGUGCUGAAGUAUGUCAGAGCCUUAACGCUAAAACCACUCAUUUAAUAUGUGGCGCAGCAACAGGGACUGCAUACCAAAAAGCUAAUUCCCUGCAAAAAGGAAAAAUCAAUCUAAUUUCACCAGAUUGGGUUUUAGAUUGUAUAAAGAAAAAUGAAAUACUUGCAUGUGAAUCUUAUCAUCCGAGAUUGCUUAAAAUUGUAGAUAGACCCAAGGUUGCAAAAGCAUUGCCUCCAACAAUAGCUUUACCUGUAACUACGGCGACAACCAUAGCAUCUUCAAUAGAGAAGCCAUCUUUAUCUUCUUUGGCAAAAAUAAUUGGUUUCGAAGAACCUGCCGAUAAAAAAGGAAAACCAGUUGUAAACAAACAAAAUAUGCAGCAGCAACAGCAGCAGCAACAAAAACAACAAACACAGCAAAAGAUACAAGAACAAAAACAGAAACAAGAAGAACAACAAGAAAAACUGAAACAACAAAUUCAGCAACAACAGCAGGAUAAAAUUAAACAAAUUCAACAACAGCAGUUGCAACAGCAACAGCAAUUGCAACAACAAGAAUUGCAAAAGGAGCAAGAAGCUCAGCAGUUACUGCAGCAACAAAAGAUUCAACAAAUAAAACAACAGCUAUUGCAAGAACAAGAUCAAAAAAUUCAACAACAACAGAUUGAGCAACAAAUGAUACAAGAGAAACAACAGCAACAACAAUUGCAACAAGAAAAACAACAGCAACAGCUGCUGCAACAAGAAAAACAACAGCAACAACUGCUUCAACAAGAGAAACAACAACAACAACUAAUACAACAAGAGAAACAACUGCAACAACAACAACAGCAACAACUUCAACAGCAGCAACUUCAACAACAGCAACAACAACAACUUCAACAACAACAGCUACAACAACAACAACAGCAACAACAACAGCAACAACAACAGCAGCAACAACAACAGCCGCAGCAACAACAGCAGCAACAACAGCAGCAACAACAGCAGCAACAACAACAGCAACAACAACAGCAGCAACAACAGCCGCAACAACAACAGCAUCAACAACUCCUGCAACAACAAUUGCAUCAGCAGCUUCUUCAAAAACAGCAGUUGCAGCAGCAACAAAUGAAUCAGCUUCCAACUCAAAAGCAGCAACAACUGCAAUCGCUUUCUCUCUCACAACCACAAUUACCACCGACUUCAGCUGCUGCAUCAUCCACGAUUGCAACAUCUUCAGCACCAGCUCAAAUAAUUCGAACAUUGUCUUCGGGAGGUCAAAACAACAUUAUUAUCACAACCAUACCUAAUUCUCAAAUGAACAAUAACAAACAAGUACAGAGCACGCAAUCUCCGGUAAUUUUUGUACGCCCAAGAUCUAUUGGCCAAGGCAAAGGCACAAACACGCCAUCUUCUGCUCUUCCUCAGGCCCCACAAAUUAUUCUUCAGCAAAAAAUUAUUCAACAGCCUAAUUCAGUGACCGUUGAACAACAAAGUCAAACACCACAGCAAGCUGUGACUACUACACUAACCAAAUCUCCAGUCAACGUGUCCCCUCAAAUUGUAAACGUCCAAGUUCAGCGAAAUCUUAAGAGUCCAUCCAUUCAACAAAUGCAACAGUUACAGCAACAGCUCCAACAACAACAACUGCAGCAAUCGGCUUCAACAUCUUCGCCUCAAAUACAAAUCAUUCAACAACAACAGACAGUUCCACAGAACCAAUCCGACCAACAACAGCAAAUUCAGUCACAACAGAUACAAACACAAGUGAUUCAGCCGCAGCAGAUUCAAACGCAAGUGAUUCAGCAAAAAAUUCAGGUGCACCAUCAGCUCCAGCAGCGAUUACAGCAACAAUUGCAGAUGCAACAACAACAGCAACAGUUACAGCAGCAACAGCAACAGCAGAUGGGACAGCAACAUCCGCUUCAGCAACAGCCUCCUCCUUCAAGAACACCCCAACCCAUUACUCCUCAACCACAAACACCACAGACGCCUCAGCAACCACGAACACCGCAAACACCAAGUGGAACACCUAGAACACCACAGCCCCAGCAAUGCACCACUCCACUGCAGCAACCGCGGACUCCUCAGCCCCAACAAACCCAACCGCUUCAACAACCGCGAACUCCACAGUCAAUAAGUGCCCCCCACACCCCGCAGCCGCGAACACCACAACAAUCUCUCUCGCAACCAUCAACACCACAACCUCAAAUGCAAUCGCCACAGCACCAGUCCAUCGCAAUGUCACCACAGCAUUCGCAACAACCACAGAUACAGCAACAGCAACAACAAGCACAGCCGCAAACUCAAUCAAUUCCAAUGUCGCCGCAAAUGCUCCAGCAACAUAUUCUCCGACAACAGCAAAUUCUGCAACAACAGCAACAGUUAUACCAACAGCAACAACAAAGCGGACAAAGUCUGACGCCACACCAACAAAGUCUACAACGACAAAUACAACACCAACAAGCACAACUUAUUCAGCAGCAACAAUCCUUGCAACAGCAACUUCAAAUGCAUCAGCAGAACACAAGGAUGCAACAAAAUCCGUCGCCAAGUGUUCAUCAAACUCCAUCUCCUCAACCUCAACUACAAAAUCUGCUUUCGUCCCAAUCACCCAGAGCGUUACAGUCUCCAGCUCCACAGAUGACACCUCCUCCGCAGUCUCCACAACAACAAAUGUCAGUUCAACAUCAUCAACUGAGACAACAACUGCAAGGUCGUCAGCAACAACAUUCUGCAACAGGACAACAACACAGACAAAUGAUAGUUACUCAGCAACAAAUUGGUGCACCUGCUGGUUCAGGAACAUCUUCUCAACAGCAAUCAUUGCAACAACAAUUACUUUCGUUUAGUCAACAACAACAGAAAGUUCAGCAACAGCAGCAACUUCUUCAGCGAUCCCCGCAGCAUGGAAGUCCAUCUGUUUCCGUACAGCAAUCACAAAAUAAGCAGCUUAUAAUGACAAAGCCAAUUGACCCAACCGAUCCAGUACAAGUUGCUCAAGUUUUAAGUCGAACUGCUCAGAGUCCAAUUCAUGAUUCGCUUAUUCUACGCCAACAAAUGGCUCAACAACUGCAAAAGCAACAGCAGCAACAACAACAGCAACAACAACAGCAGCAGCAACAACAGCAGCAGCAACAACAACAACAACAGCAGCAACAACAACAACAGUCUCCACGUCAGUCACCCCACCAACAACAACAACAACUUUCUACUCAGCCACAACAGCAAAUAGUCAUUAGUCAAGGCAAUAAUCAGAUCAUAACUCAGAGGCAUGUAAUAAACACAUCAACGGCUCAGGGACAGCAAAUUAUUCAAAGCCAUAUGCUGAAUAUACAUCAACAAAAACAACAGCAACUUUUAUUGCAACAACAGCAGCAGCAACUUAUUCAAAAACAAAAUCCUUCAAAUGUUCCACAUCAAGUACAGUUUUCCCAGCAGCAACAACAGCAACAGCAAACACAACAGCCAGGUUUGCAGCAACAAGUGCGAAUUAUACAGCAACAGGGUCUUGGAGUUACCCAGCAAAUUGUACAGCAACCAGCGGUAACCGGUCAACAACAAAUGCAGCAACAACAGGUAGUAUCCCAGCUUCAAUCACCUCCUUAUCAGCAACAAUCACAACAACCACAACAAAUAAUACAACAACAAGGUCAAGCUGUUCAGCAGCAACAACAUUCACAACUAGUGCAGCAAAUACAACAACAAUUGCCUCAACAACAAUUGCAACAGCAACCACAACAGCAGCAAAUUAACGUAGGCUCUCAAACAAACAGCAAACAGUUUCCUGCUAAAUUUAUUAUUAGUCAACAACAAUUCAAUCAACUUACACCCCAACAACAACAACAAAUCUUACAAAACCAAAAUCAAAAUGUGUUCUUCGUAAAUCAGGGAAACCUCCAGCAAGUUCAACAGCAAGUGCAGCAACAACAACAGCAGCAGCAACAACCAAUAGUUCAGCAACAACAAAUACUGCAGCAACAACUUCAGCAAUCCCCACAACAACAACAGCAGCAACAGCAGCUGCAACAAUUACAAAUCAAUAACCUCCAAACAUCUCACGGAAGCAUUAGUCGUAUACAGCAACAAAAACCACCUCCACCGAUGUAUCCACACACACCCAACGUGACUGUGGGGCAGACUGAUAUGCAAAGUGGUUUGUUGCAGCAGCAACAGCAACAACAACAACUGCAACAACAAGUUAUACUGAACUCUCCACAACAUCGAACCCAACAACAACAGCUUUCGAUAUCACAACAACAACCCCAACAGCAACAGAUAAUUAUUAACCAGCAGCAAAUUAUCAAUCCACAACGUCUUCAAUAUCUGCAGCAACAGCAACAACAACAGCUUUUACAAAAUAAGCAGCAAUCUACUCAGCAGCAAAUAAUUAUUCAACAAACUCAACCAAGUUCAACCUCCAGUCAGCAAACCAUAUUACAAAGUCCUCCACAACAAAUUCCACAGUCGCCUCAGCAAAUUCAAUCUCCAGUACAACAACAAAUUCUCACAAAUCAAGGACAAACUAUUGCCAUACAAAAUCAAAUAAUUCUUCAACAGCAACAACAUAAACAACUUCAACUGCAACAGCAAUUACUACAGCAGCAAGGUGAUCCUCUUAUUGGCCAACACCAAGUGACUCUGCAACCACAGCAACAGCAAACACAGCCGACACCUCAAAUUAUUCAAACUCAAGUGACGCCCCAGUCACAAACAGUUCUCAUUCAGCAACAUCAACAGAAUCCUCAAACAAUUAUCAACCAGCAACAAAUCCAACAAACUCCUCCACCACAAUCACCUCAACAGCAAAUAAUAAUUCAGCAGCAAUCACCACAACAGCAACAACAACACUGGAAUUCUCAAAGUCCGCUCACUGCACAACAACAGCAACAGCAGCAAGUGUUGCAAAUACAGUCAGGUCGACAAACACCUAAUCCAGCAGCAACACAACAGACACAAUACAUUCGAACCGUACGACCAGGUCAAUGGCAGACCACAGCUACUGGAAUUCCAGGUACUCCACAAAGGCAGUUGAUACAAUUGGACGACAAAACACAUGCUCAUUUCAUGUCAUUGGAUCCAGUAAAGAAAGCUGAAUAUAUAGCGAAGUUGCAAAGCAAACAGAGAGUGAUGUUGAGACAGUCCGUAGCGUACCAACCUCGUCCUGGUGCGCCCAAUGUUGUGGCAAAUAACGUAAGUGCUCCACGACCUGCCGGCACAUCACAUAUUAUUGUUCAAAGUCAAAUGCCUGCGGGGCUGAAUCAUCAACAACAGAUGCAGUGGCUGCAGCAACAAGGGGCACGACAAGUUCUUGUAAGAACGGGUUCUGCUCCAGGCCUGGCUCCUAUAACUCAACAAUCUCAACCACCACCUCCACCAAGCACACCACAACCUCAAGCAACACAACAACAGUAUAGUGUUGUCGAUCCUAGCAAUGUUAACCAACAAAUGCUAUUGCAGCGUCAACAGUUGCGUGUGCAACAAAUCCAGCUGCAACAGAAUCAACAACAAAAACCUCCGCAAAUGCAGCAAUCUCCAGUUCAAAUUAUUCCAACUACUGGUGGAGUUGUCGGCAACCCUUUGCCAGAUCAACAAUUACAAGGACUUCAGUCACCUGUUGCUAACAAUAGUGGUCCAUCUAUGAUAGCUUCUAUGCAACAACAACAGCAACAGACACUAGUUUUACCUCAAGAUCCUGCCAGCAGUUUACAAACUCAAAAUGCUGUCCUUCAAACUCAACAACAACAGAUGAACCUCAAAACAAAGACUGCCUUAGCCAAUAUGCUAAGUAAUCGCUUAAGCAACAAUGGUGCAACCAUUGUCAACAAUGUAUCGCAAAUUGUGACUGUAGAUGCAAAUGCAUCUCCAAUGGUUCCAGUAUCUCCAGUUGAACCAUCUGCAGCUGGGACGCUUCGUCUUAUGACUCAACAACGCAAUGCUGUACUUAAUCAAGGAGUACCGGUAGCACGGACACAACAGGAACUCCUUUUGCUACAGCAGCAACAACAACAACAACAGCAGCAGCAACAACGACGAACUAUAACGCCUGGUAAUGCCCAGGUAGUGGGUUCCAAUGUUAUAACAUCGCCACAACAAAAUGCAGCAAUGAUGCCUGGUGGACAAUUUGUACAAGCAAGAACUCCACUGCCACCAAGACCACAAUUCUAUGGUCACAAUCCUAAUCUUAAACUGCCACCAAAUCUGUUUUUGCUAGGAUGUCAUUUUCAUAUAGUAGAAUACGAUAAGACUGACGAAGACGAUUUGCCAGAGUGGAUUGAAGCUAUUAAGCAUUUUGGCGGUGAAGUUGAAACCGCCUAUGGUCCUCGAGUUACCCAUGUUCUUUGUCGCACUCAGCGACAUGGAGUUGUGAUGCAAGCAAUACGUGAUUCAAAACGCUGUAUAACAGCUUUUUGGCUUAGCGAUACAUGUUUAAAAAAGCAAAUGCAACCGCCAUGGCAGUGCCUUCAUCUACCUUUUCCGAGUAUAUAUGGAAUUCAAAAGCCAUUGGAUAAACAUAUCAUUACUGUAAGUGGUUUUGAUGAUGAGGAUGAGUUGCGACUGCAAAAUAUGCUGGAAGAAACAGGAGCUUUGUAUACUUCGUAUUUGUCACCAAUGAACACUGUAUUAAUUUGUCGAUAUGCUGAUGGAGAAAAGUAUAACAAAGCCAAAGAAUGGCAAAUUCCUAUUGUUAAUUCUUUAUGGUUAAGUGACAUUGUGAUAGGUAAUCUGAGUGGAUUACAUCAAUAUGAGAAUCAGAAAUAUCAGCAAUAUAAUUUGACGGCACCUUUUAGAAUUGAUUUUAUGCUUGUGGGGCACUUGAUGGCUCCAUGGAAGGCACCUAUUAACUUAACCCAAGAAGCACACGAACGUGUUAAACGAUCAGCUUCGGAGUCUCCAUACGAAUCGCGGGCUAAGAGGCAAAAAAUUUCUGAGUUUCAAGAAGAUAUACCUGAAAACGUAAUCUGUAUGGAAUAUCCUGAUAUAGAUAAGCCUCCCCGAGUAAUGUUUUCUCAAGUUCUCUACAUUGAACGUCUGACUAAAGCCGUUCUUUCCCUUGGUGGCUUAGUUGUCGAGGAUCCUGCCGACGCAAAUUAUCUUGUAAUGACACGUGAAGCUCGUACUUGCAAGCUAAUACAUGCAAUUUGCCAUGUAGACUACAUUCUUAAAAGCACCUGGCUUGAAGAUAGUGCUAAAUCUGGAAAGUUUUUAUCUCCAGAAAAUUACAAAAUUCAAUCCAUUGAAGUGGACGAAAAUAUGAAAAUAUCUUUAGAGCGAUCACUUAUGUCAACUCAACGCCGGACGUUGUUUGCAAAUAAAUAUUUCUACGUAACACCCGAUGUGUUUCCACCACGAAGUGAAAUUGUACGAAUGAUAGUCAGUUCGGGUGGUAAAGUUGAAGAAAAUCGAAGAACAGUAAAACAAAUAAAUGAAACAUGUGCGGAAACGCCCGAUAACUACAUAAUUAUAACAUGUCCGCAAGAUUUACCACUUUUAGUUGAUAUCAUGAGACAGGGAAAGCCAAAAUGCUGGAUUCUAACAACUGAAUUUGUGUUAAGUUCGAUAUUGAAACAAGAGGUUGAUUAUAAAACCAAUAUUAUGCCUUAUGUUUACAAUAAUAACUAUAUUGCUCCGGAGAAAGCACACUCUGGAGGAAAAGGUAGAAAAAAAGAGAACAUAAAUAACUAAAACUAUAGAGAAUUAUAUUGGUUUGAUUGUUUUUAUAAAAUAACUGUAAAUAAUGUAUAAAGAAUAUUGCCAAAAAUCUGUGCAUAGAAAUUAGUUUAUAAGAAUAUUAUUUAUUUAUUUUUGAUUUCGUUAAAGUAGUAUAGAAUAAUUUCUAGCAAGCUUAGAAUACAUGAAGUGAAUUUUUUUCAAAGAAAUAUUUAUAUGUAUAUAUUUUUGGUUAUGUAUGCGUCAAAAAUUAAAGUUUAAUGUAUACGACAAAUAAAA